AUGGCUCCUUCAGCUAUCUCUACCAGCCCGCCUCCCUCGACUGUAGGCGAGGCUGCUAUCGCCAGCUACCGCGGCUACGACCAUGUCCACUGGUAUGUCGGCAACGCCAAGCAAGCUGCCAGCUACUACAUCACCCGAAUGGGCUUCAAGCGCAUCGCCUACCGUGGUCUUGAGACCGGCAGCCGUGGCAUCUGCUCCCAUGUCAUCCGCAACGGCGACAUCACCUUCAUCCUGACCUCUCCUCUCCGCUCUUUGGACCAAGUCGACCGCUUCAGUCCCGAGGAGCAGGCUCAGCUGCGCGAGAUCCACUUCCAUCUUGAGCAGCACGGCGAUGCCGUGAAGGACGUUGCCUUUGAGGUUGAUGAUGUCGAUGCCGUUUACUAUGCUGCUGUCAAGAAUGGCGCCAAGUCUGUUUCCAAGCCUCGUGUUCUUGAGGAUGAGGGUGGGAGAGUCAAGGUUGCUACUAUCCAGACUUAUGGUCAGACGACGCAUACUCUGAUUGAGCGGAGUCAGUAUCGUGGUGCGUUCUUGCCGGGGUAUCGUCUUGAGGCGGGCGUUGAGGAUCCUGUCGCCAAGUUCUUGCCUGGUGUUCACCUUAAGCGGAUUGAUCACUGUGUUGGUAACCAGGAUUGGGAUGAGAUGGAUAAGAUUUGUGAAUACUACGAGAAGGCUCUUGGAUUCCACCGUUUCUGGUCCGUUGACGACAGCCAGAUUUGCACUGAAUUCUCUGCUUUGAAGAGUAUCGUCAUGGCCUCGCCCAACGAAAUCGUCAAGAUGCCCAUCAACGAGCCCGCCAAGGGAAAGAAGCAGUCCCAAAUUGAGGAAUAUGUAGACUUCUACAACGGCGCUGGUGUGCAACACAUUGCCCUGUUGACCGAUGAUAUCAUCCGCGACAUUACCAACUUGAAGGCCCGUGGAGUCGAGUUCAUCAAGGUUCCCGAUACAUAUUACACCGACAUGCAGGCUCGGUUGAAGCAGUCUGGUUUGGUUCUCAAGGAGGACUUUGAGACUAUUCGCAGCUUGGAUAUUUUGAUCGAUUUCGAUGAGGGUGGUUACCUCCUGCAGUUGUUCACUAAGCACCUGAUGGAUCGUCCUACCGUCUUCAUUGAGAUCAUCCAGCGACACAACUUCUCCGGCUUUGGCGCUGGAAAUUUCAAGUCGCUGUUCGAGGCUAUUGAGCGCGAGCAGGAGCUGCGUGGUAAUUUGGUCUGA